UGGAAGCUCACCACGCAGGGUCCUUCGGAUUAUUCGAGGCGAGAACGCGAGGAACGGACGCUCGCAAUCAAUGUGCGCGUGGAAUACAGUGUGAUAUACGGGUCCUUCUAAUUGCGUUAGGGCCGUCGGACGAAGGGACAAAGCAUUUUCGGCGAAAAUGAUUUUUUAUUAUGUGAUACUGCUGUUUCUCAGCUGGCCACAAACGAGAUGUACGCAGAAGGUCGACGCGGCAGCGGAAGAGAUGUUCGAUCAGCUGGCGACUGCGUCGGAGAACGUGGUGCACGCCGUGAGACAUACGAAUGCUACUCCGAAAAAUGUCGGGGAGCGACCGGCCAGUUUCCUGCCGUCGCUAAGCGCGACGCUGCACUAUGAAAAUUCCAAUGGUUUCAUACCGAUGAUACCUACAGACUCUACAUCGUACGAGGAUUCGGACGCGUCGUCGCUGCAGACCGAUAGUUUCGAACAGGACGAGCAGUCGACUGAAGACGGCAACACGACAAACGCUGUAAGUGCUCGAGACAGCUCGACCACGAAGCCGAGAAAACUCGAAGAAGACUUAGCGUACUCCUCGGAAGCGAGGAUCUUGCUGAAUCUCCUUGUACCGCUGACGAAUCGCAGGUCUUUCGAUUUGCAGGAGAAGUCGAGUGAGUUUGAGCUGCUGAAGGUCAACAACGACACCCCCGCGGUGGCUAAUUAUCAGGACUUCUAUGAGAACCUGCGCAGCACGGUGAACUCCGAGAUCGACCGCGAGCCGGCCGCGACUUCCUCGGGCCGCGCGAACGGAGAAAGGGAGAAGAGAACCGAGAGCUACAUGAACGAUUAUGGCCGACAGUCGCAGCAAACUAGAAAUAAAGACCCGUACAUUCAGUACUACUCGUACAAUGACGCUCAAGAUACGAAGAAACUUACUUACAAACAAGAGAAAGUCCCCGGCAAUUAUCAGCAGCAGAAUGCCGCGAACUACGACGGUCACGGGCAGAGCGCUGUCAGACAGAACGUGGCGACAGCCUCGUCCUCAUCAAGGACGAAUUACGAGGUCAACGAACUCACUCACGGCGGCUUCCAAGGUGGAACUUAUGACAAUGUGGCGGAAUCGUCGAGGACACGCCAGAGAUUCUCCAAACCGGUCGUGGUGGCCGAGCCGACCAACUACAAGGUGGAAACCAAGUUCACCGAUCGAUUGCAGAGCAGCGAAGAGGACAGCGAUUUCAAGACUUCGAGGAAUUUAGAGUCUUCGAGCUUGGAGACGUCAAACCACGCUUACGACGCUUACAGCGAGAACAAUAGACAGCGUAGUUACCACCGCACAGAGGACUCCAGGAACUCGGACGAGAGCUCCGAGUUCUCCGAGUUCAUCGAGCGACCACGAAGAGUGCAGAAGAGUCGGAAACGCCCGUCGCAUUCGGAUUCUUCCAGGAAGUUGCCGAAAGAGCAUCGAGGCACGUUGGCCGCCAACAGCGGCGAGGAAGAGGACAAACUCAACUACAAUUCCUCCAGAAUGAAAUCACAGCGGCACCGAGUGAAAGCGAAUCCAUGGGUCGACGACGCCAGUGUAAACCUUCACGAUGACAGCGUCGAGGACGUCAGACACGACAACAGACUUGGCGAAAUUAAGAGCUCCAAAACGCAACACGGGUCCAGGCUGAAGAACGCCAACACAUGGCAUCAGAUAUCGCCGAAUCUCGAGAUCUCUCAUUCCAACGGGAUCGAACUCGACCACGUGGAGAACCCCAAGUACGUCGUCCCCGUGAAAGUGAACUUGGUGCCCGUGGCGAACUUUGAUCACGCGACCGCGCUGGGCAGCAGUCAAGGUUUCGACGUGUCCAAUGCGCUGUUGCGGAACAUGGCGACCGCUUCGCCGAUCGGCGCCUACACUACGAGCGCACCUCUCUUGAGCACGUCGUCGCCGAUCCUUGGGCAUAACCUGGCACUGUCGAAGAACAUAGCGAAUGCGCCGAGCCUAGCAGUGCCCACGUCGGUUCCCGACAUCAUCGUCGGUCAGACUUCCUUCCACAAUCCUGUGCACACCGUCGUGCUGUCCCAGCCUAACGGGCAAAACAAGGUCACGAACACGGUGAGGGGGACCUACCUGCCGAGCACUAUGGCGCCGGUAUUUGCGCUCACGUCCAGUCUGACGCCGACGUUCCAGAACGUCCAGGGUAACGUGACACCGCGAACCACCUUCGCCGUAACACCGACUCCCACCGCGGUCGUUCAGCAUGUACCGUUCGGUCAAGUGCACGCCGGCAUGCAGCAGCUGAUAGUGCCGCAACCGACCGUCCAGACAUUCCCGGGUUUCGUGCAGACGCCGGUUCAUGCGAACACGCAGUACCAGAUCCAAGUGAACCCUCACGGGUUGCAGGGUCAAAACUUCAUGAGCCAGGGCAACUUGCAGCUGCAGAGUCUGCCGACGGCGCCCACGCUGCUGUCCACCCAGGUGUUGCCGGAGAACAGAAUCAACGUGUCACCCGCGGAGAUGCAAAGCAAGAAGAACAUAUACACGACCUCUGGCGGCAACAUCUUGGCUGCUGCGAGUCUGACUGUCGGCCAGAACGAACAGAAGCAGGCGACCAACUUCAACUCGUAUUACCUGCCCAAUCAUAACACUCAGCAAGCGGUGAAGGCUGAAGACGGGGUGUACCAAGUGCUGAAGGACCUCGAUAUGACGCCGAAGACGAAGACUUACCUUCAAGCGACUCAGGUAGUACCGACCGUGCUGCAACCCAGCUCAACUCUGGGUGGCUUAGCUGUGAAUACCCCGCAGUACGUGAAAUUUCAAGGUGCUGAUGACGCUGUGCAGGUUCAGGUGAACAGAGCGCAGUUAUUGAAGAACAGCAAGCUGCAGACCGCCGACAACGUGGUCAGUCACUCGAGCAACGUGAACAGUGUGAACGCGCACUUGCCGAACGUGGGCACGAAGAACGUCGAGAUUGUGAACCCGAACAUCAAGCCGAGCCCGAUCGACACGACUAUGAACACCUUCAAUACCGUGCACUAUCCGGCGGCUGUCUUGACGACUCCCAUUCCGAUUUUCAGCACCAUCGGCUCGGUCACUCCGCAAACCAUCAGUCUUCAGAGUUACGUAGACUCCUUGACGGAGAGUGGCGCCAAAGCCAAGCAAUUGGCCACGGUGGACCUGAAAACGUCGCAGAAUCAGGAACGACCAAUGUUCAAUCCCAUCAAUUUCGUUCCCAACGUCGACAUCAUUAAGAAUCAGAACGUUCUCAAUAAAUUACCAUCCAAUGAACCCGUCCAACAAGAUUUGAACCUGGUGCCCGUCAUGCCGGGAGGAAACUUCUUCAAGCCGUCGUUCUCGGCGCAAAACGAGUUGGUGAUGAAGCCGAAAUUAGCCUCGGAUCUACAGAAAUACGCCGAGGAGAUGUUCAAGGAGUCGCUGAAGACGAUGUAUAAUUCGCAAAAAUGGAACAACGACAGGAAACCGCCUGGGACCAGCCAAAAUCACUCCGAGGCGAACGACCUCACGAAGCUGAGACUCGAACUGCAAAAGUUGACGGCUUCUCUGUCGGAGUCGAAAUACAAGGACCUGCUGGAAGCACACCAGAGCGAGAAUAAACUGCGCACGGCAGACGCGCCGAAAUCCUCGAGUAACAAGAAGAAACUAGACCCGCUACUGACAACUCUGGAGCACCUACUGAAGACUCAGCCUCAUGGACCGAUAUAUAUGUAUCAUGGUGCGAGCAGUACAACAGGUCGCAAGCAGAAACCGUCGGUUUCCGAUCCGAGUUUUGGCUUUCCUGAUGAAUUCUACGACGACAGUCAAGUGAGGGAGUUCCUCACGCCACCGAGGCCGAGUCACCACGCGAAAGGCGCUCUCCGCGAGAAGCCCAUGAAGAACAAGCGACCCGGAGCGGCGAGAUUCAGGAACAGGAGGAAGCCAAACAGGGGACACCCGUCGCUCAGGCCGAACGGACUGGAAGCGUCCGCCAGCAAUAUUGAUGUGCACCUGGACGGACCGCCUCGUCAUAUGACACCUUUUGGUCCGGACAAUAUGGACUUUGAGACCAGUCAUCAGCCUUCCUUCGAUUCGUACCCGACGUUCACUACGCCGUCACCGGACGUCUACAAAAGUUUACUGACGGAGUUCGGAGCGUCGAAUAACAGGGAUUACAUCAAUCACCCCAGGAUACACAAUCUCAUGGGGCUGUUGAUGAAAAACAAGCAACUGCCGAACAGGGGCACGCAGAACUACUUUCGCGACAAGGAUCAGCUGAGGCAGUUCUUCGACGGCGAGAGGCGUCGGCUGCAGCAGCAGUUUUACGACGACGCUCUCAAGAAUUAUAUCUUGAACAAAUUCGAAGAUGCGUCGCAGUCCGGCUCGAUCGCCGGCAGGAAGGUCUAUUCGGGGAACGGCGCCGCGUAAAUUCGUAAUCAAAAGUAUGAACGAAACGUCGAUCGCGCGACGUACUCGCCGGAUCUGCUCGAAUGACGCGUAAAUCCGCUCGCGGAAGGACUGGAAUUAAAUAGUAAACGCGUUUACCUUGUCCGGCAACGGACGAUUUCUUUUCGCCCGCUUUUCGCAUUAAUGAAAGCUGCAUCGUGCGCCAGCGUCGCCGCUCUCGCACUGAGUGUUUAAUUAUAGUAAGUAACAUUUUGCGCGGAAGUUGUAAAAGCAAUCGUUAGCGUCAGACGCGCUCGUACGGAACGACCGACCGAGGGCGAGAGAAAUUCAUCGAUCAUUUAUAAGACGCUCCAGUGUUGUACAUAUUAACAUAAAUGGAAAUAUAUACGUCCCGUAAUUGCGCCCGUCUGUUUUCCCCUUCAAUCGAUAUUUUCUCUCUUAUCCAUUUGCCGAGGACAGCAAUAAACAGAAUUUAAAAGCAGACGCUCCUUUUACAACGAGAGGAGGUAGAGAGAAUCUGAAGGAGGAGAGACACGUAUUAGGGAAACUUUAAUUUGUAUAUUUGUGUUCUCUUACCUAAAUGUGUAGAAAACGUUUGUGUUUUAUAUAAUAAUAUACGCGGAAUGGAUAUUAUACUAUGGUAAAUAUGUAUUACAUUUUUUUAUAAAGAUGUAGAUUUUAAGUAUUAUAUACG